GACUGGUCGAAUGAUCAAGCUGCGCCUGUUAAUAUCGGGGGAAACGCAAGUGGUAAUGUGCUUUGUGAAUUGGUUGGAGACAAUUUUUUACAACAAUUCAUAGAAGGCAAGACACACGAAGCUGGUAAUAAACUAGAUUUACUGCUAUGUAAUUGUCCUGAGACUAUUGAAAAAAUAACCACUACACCAGCUGACGAAUGCGGUUUUCCAUCAGAUCAUUAUCUCAUAAAUUUUAUAAUCAGACUUAAGUUUGAACGCUCUAAGCCUAUUAAACGCCAAGUCUUCAAUUAUUACCAGGCAGAUUUCGAAAGCUUGCGCCACUCCUUGUCCCGCAUCCCGUUUGAAAAUAUUUCCUCCUAUGAUGAUAACAUUGAUGAUCGUUGGUCUUGCUGGAAAACAUUAUUUAUAACUGCAGUGAGUGAACAUGUUCCUACCAAAUUUAUCAAAGAUAUUAACACUCCACCUUGGAUAGAUCAAGAAGUCCGCCAUCUAAUUAAAAAGAAAUACUCGGCCUUAAAAAGAUUCAGAAAAAAUAAAUCUGAUGCCCUCAAACAAAAACUUCGGGAUAUUAGUCAAGCUGUUAAAUGUCAAAUUAAGACAAAAUAUCGUGGAUACCUAACCAAGAUCAGGAAAUCCUUAAAUUCUAUUCUCAAAACUUUCUGGAGUUAUCAUAAGGCUAUGUUACAUUAA